AUGAAAAAAAGUAAAUUUCUUUUAAAAAGAUAUUUUAGUAGUUUUGAUGUUUUUGAUAAAAUUAAAUAUACUAAUUUACACAAAAAUGUAGUAACAUAUAAUUUUCUUUUAAAAAAAUAUUUUAGUAAUUUUGAUGUUUUUGAUAAAAUCAAAGAUUCUAAUAAUUCAAAUAAGGAUGAAGCAACAAAUGAAUUAAAAAGAAAACCUUCUAAGAAAGUUCUAAAGCUUGUUGAUGAAAUCUUAAAUUUAACAUUAAUUGAAGCCGCUGAUUUAUGUGAUUUAUGCCAAGAGAAAUUAGAAGGAAGCAAAAAUUUUAAUAAUUCUUUUUUUAUGAAUAGAAAUCCAUUUCCUCAUCCAUCUCACUUUUUUAGUGCAGGCAAUUUAUCUCCAUUAAAUCAAACUAAUAUAAAUAAUAAUAUUGCAAAUAAAAAUGAUAUAAAUUCCAAUAGUACAGAAGAAAAAAAAUCCAAAACAGAAAAACAAAAUGAAGAGAAAAAAAUUACAAAAAGCACCUACAAUGUUAAACUAGAAAAAUUUGAUGUUAAAAAUAAAAUUAAUACUAUUAAAGAAAUUAGAAAAUUAACAAAUGUUGGUUUAAAAGAAGCUAAAGAUAUGGUGGAAAGCGCUCCUUUUUAUAUACAAAAAAAUGUACCUGUAGAAAAAGCCGAUGAAAUGAAAAAGAAGUUUGAAGAAUUGGGUGCAACAAUAAUUUUAGAAUAA